AUGUUGUUUAUAAGCGGUCAAGGACACAUUAACCGUCCGGAGAUUCCAGUAUAUUAUGGUCAAAGAGAUAUCUGGGUUGCAAUCUUGCAAUGUUUUGUUGGGUUCUCUUUUAUUUUGCUAACCUUGGCUAUAAUGCUGAUUCAUGAAGCGAUAACUUCCCCAGCGGCCAAAAAGAAUGCAAAAACUUCGAGAUUUAAGCAGAAAGAAUGCGUAGAAUGGCAUAUGAGAGAGGAAAUUUACAAUGGAUUAGAUAAUUAUAGAAGGGAAAGAAGAUGGCUUAUGAAACAGUCGUCUUCGAGUAGUAUGGAUAGUACGACGAGAAAACCGCAAGGCAUUUUCCCAUCGAAAGAGACCAAAAAGACGUUGUGGUGUAUAACCGAUGAAAUUCUGAAUAUGUUUCAAUGCGAGUUGUCCAAACAAAAUAUCAUGGUCGCCGCAACAACAGCCUGGACAAGAUUUAGGAGAGGACUCCCCAUUUAUGCAUGGCCCAUCCUUGCGGGCGCCAUAAUUUUCGUUGAUUGGAAUCACACGCGUGAAUGGAAAGCUGCUGGCCGAGUAUCAGCAUUGCAGAAGGAGAUCAUUGGAACUCAAUAG